UUCUAAUGGCAGUAUGGGGUAAAAUUCUUAACAAGCCUAAAUACCUGACAGUUUAUGAUGCAAUAGUAGUUUGAGUGAUAACAAUGCUCAUGUUCAUGAUCUUUGCUUCCUACCAAAUACAAUCAUUAGUAAUCGUAAUAUUACUGACCUUGAAAAUGCUGCUUGGACUAGCAUUUAUAAAAGCAGAGAAAACUAAGUGGAUUAAGGUGUACUUCUAUGCAAGACUAUUAUAUGAUAUUGUAAUCAUUUGAUUUUACUGACUCAUUGCUGUGGGAUCACGAAUUUUUGGAGCUCUAAAUGCAACAGUUGCUCUCAUCUUUAUUGCAGCAAGCGAAGGGAUACUGUAUAGCUUUAUUUUUCAUUAUUUGAAAUCAAAAGAGACCAAAACUUUCAUUCCAGAGCUUUUAGAGAUAGAAACUGCUAAAUAGAAAACUUCAGAACUUUUAUGAUCUUGCAAACUUAGAGAGAAGUGAAAUUAGGGACAUCAACUCUAGUAGUGCUGAGAUGAACCCUCUUCAAAGAAUGAUUAAAAAUAAUGAUAGAGAAAGAGAAAUUGAUAUUGAACAGCGAUUUCAAUUUCGGAAGUUGCCAGUGUAUCAUAAAGAGACUAAUACUGCACAAAGGAAUCAUCCUUCUCGUAAUGAACUUGAUUCAAUAUUAGAUCAAUAUAACACAAGCAGCGAUAAUCUACAGAUGCCUGCUUCUAGAGUAAGUUUUGAUUCUAGAGCAAGAGCUGAUUUUGCAAUUCAGAACCAUGAUAUUAGUGAUAAGAAUUUUCAGUCAAUUUCAAAUAUUCCUGAAGAAAAAAACCCUUCUAGCUUAAUAAUGGUGGACGUUUUCCAAAGAUUUCGAGAUCAACCUAAAGUUACUCGGGAACUUCCUAGUCUCAAAAAUAACGAAUCGCCUUCAAUUAAAAAGGGGAAAAAGGUUGAUCCUUCCAAGAAUAGGAGGAAAAUUGACGAGACUAUUUUAUCUACAUUUGAAGAUAAGAGGAAACGUUCGAGAUCUCACAACACACAUUCUAAAGUAUUAGAUUUAGGAGAGAAGUACACUAAAUAUUUGAUCAAUAAAGGAGUGAUAUAUAGUAAGACCCAUACAGGAGCUUUUGUCUUGAUACCAAACCUGCCUUCCCUUCACAGACCAAGCCAUUUGAGGGAUAACUUUAUGGACUCAGUAUAAAAGUACACCCGAAAUUAUGCUAGAGAAUGUUUGUGAAAUGUUGACUA